AUGCGCGACGGCACCAGGUACUACAACAGAGGCGGCGGCAACCAGCGCGGCGGCGGCCACUUCAACAGCAACAGUGGCAGCGGGAAUUACCGGAGCAACAACCAUGGACACCACGAUGAGCGCGAGCAAAAGGAAAAGAGGAAGCGUGACGCGAUCUUCGACCUCAACAGAUACUCGGACAAGCGUAUUCGUGUAAAGUUCCAGGGCGGCCGUGAAGUCACCGGCGUACUCAAGGGCUUCGACCAGCUGAUGAACAUUGUGCUUGACGAUGCGGUGGAAACUCUGCGUGCGCACGACAAUGGCGAGGCGGCGCAGGCCGAGACAACGCGCAAGGUCGGGCUGGUGGUCCUGCGCGGGCCCAGCAUCAUUCUCAUUUCGCCGACAGACGGAUCAGAAGAGAUUGCGAACCCGUUCGUCCAGGUCGAGUAG